AUGAGACCUCCACCUGGAAUGCCUCACUCUCCAAAUCAAGUGUGCAAGCUUCAUAAACCUUUGUAUGGACUUAAACAAGCACCUCGUGCUUGGUUUGAGAAGAUUUCCAAUGCCAUACUACAGUACGGAUUCAUACAAAGUGCGUAUGAUUCAACUAUGUUUACUCGAUCAACUAAGAAGGGUAUGGUUAUUCUACUCUUAUACGUAGAUGAUAUGGUUAUCACAGGUGAUGAUAUAGUAGGCAUUACUUCUCUUAAAUCCCAUCUCAGUUCAUGCUUCGAAAUGAAAGACCUGGGUCCUUUACGAUACUUUCUUGGUAUAGAAGUUGAUAAUCCAUCUGAUGGCUGUUUUAUUUCACAAGUAAAGUAUGCCUCUGAUAUUUUACAACGAGCUAGAUUAACAGAUAACAAAACUGCAAAUACACCUCUUGAACUAAAUAGCAAGAUCAAUCCUUUUGAUAGAAAAAUCCUGUCCAAUCCUACAUUGUAUCGACAACUUGUGGGGAGUCUUAAUUACUUGACUAUCACACAACCAGACAUCAACCAUGUAGUUCAUAUAGUUAGUCAAUUUAUGUCAGCUCCAAGAUCCACCCAUUAUGCAGCAGUGAUCAGGAUCUUACGUUAUAUCAAAGGCACUUUGUAUCAAGGUAUUAAAAUUUCAUCUACCUCUGAUCUUUGUCUUCUUACAUAUUCAGAAUCAGACUGGGCUGGUGACAUCACAGAUAGACGAUCAACUACAGGAUAUUGCUUAUUUCUUGGUAAUUUCUUAAUCUCUUGGGGUAGUAAGAAACAAACUGUAGUUUCUCGUUCUAGUGCUGAAGCGGAGUAUCGAUCUCUUGCACACUCAAACUAUGAGAUUUUUUGGAUGAGAUGUCUUCUUGAAGAUAUGGGAGUUCACCUAUCAAAACCAACUCCACUGUAUUUUGACGACAAGGAUGCUAUUCACAUUGCUCAUAAUGAUGUUUUCCAUGAACGUACAAAGAACAUUGAGAUUAACUAUCACUUUGUACGUCAUCAUUUCAAGAAACAGACUAUCGACUUACCUUUUGUUCCUUCAGUGAUGCAACUUGCUGAUCUUUUCACCAAAAUACUGCCUUCAGUGCGGCUCGAGUUUUUUGCUUCCAAACUCAACAUGUGUUCUUCCCCACCUUGA